GGGGGCAUCUUCCAGACGGCCGGACGCGAAGCGCGGUUACAGGACGGCUUUCCUGCUCAUCGUGCUGCUCCCCGUGAGACAGGUCGGGGGGUCCAUGCUGAAGAACACCAUGAAGAAGUGGUCUCAGUAUAAGCAGGAAUGCACGGAGCGGCUGGAACGGGAACGCGCUUUGGCCACCGGGGUAUACUGCAACGGCACGUUUGAUCAGUUCGCCUGUUGGCCGUACUCUCCGCCAGGAAAUAUAUCAGUUCCCUGCCCGUGGUAUCUACCGUGGAUGGACCAAACAGGGAACACGGGAUAUGUAUACAGAUACUGCUCCGACAAGGGUGUCUGGCAAACGAUGGAAAACUCCACAAACAUUUGGCGGGAUGUCACGGAAUGUUCUGCUAAUAGUAAUCUCUUCAAAGAGAAUGAGAAAGAACACUCUCUCCUUACGCUGAUCCGCGUGUCGUACACCAUCGGGUACUCCAUAUCCCUCGUCACGCUGGUGCUGGCUUUAUUCAUUCUUCUAAUAUUUAGAAAACUCCACUGUACCAGAAAUUACAUCCACAUGAAUAUGUUUGCCUCAUUUAUUAUGAAAGCCGUGGCCGUCUUGAUGAAGGACAUGGUUCACACGAACGCGUACGCCAAGAAGCCGAGCGAUGAGAACGGGUGGAUGACGUAUUUGAAAGGAGAGGAAGCGACCGCAUGCACCGUCGUCCAGGUCCUCAUGCAUUUCUUCAUAGGAACAAACUACUUUUGGCUCCUGGUGGAAGGCAUUUACCUGCACACUAUCCUGGUGACCGUGGUGCUGUCCGAGAGGGGGCUUCUCAUGAAAUAUUUCGCAAUUGGGUGGUUCUGCCCGCUGCUCUUUAUGACACCGUGGGUCGUAGCCCGAGUGUACCUCGAAAAUAACGUGUGCUGGGGGAGAAAUGAAAAAAAGGGGAUCUGGUGGAUCAUUAAAGGGCCGAUGUUGCUGUGUAUUUUAAUAAACUUCAUUAUAUUUCUCAAGAUCUUAAAACUUCUGCAUUUGAAGCUCAAGGCUCAGCAGGUGAAAUCUACAGAUUAUAAACUUCGGCUGGCCAGAGCGACCCUUAUACUGAUUCCUCUGCUGGGGACGCACAAGCUGCUCUUCAUACUCAUUAACAACGAACAGUUCGAGGGUCGCACCAAGCAGGCGCUGCUGUUCCUCGAGCUCACCAUGGGAUCCUUCGAGGGGUUCCUGGUUGUCAUGUUAUAUUGCUUCAAAAACGCAGAGGUCCAAGCAGAGCUCCGGAAGCAGUGGAAUCUCUUCCUGCUACAUUAUGUCCCCUGCCAAAACUGUCUGAUCGGGAACAGAGACAAGCAUCAAACCAAGCGUUCUAAGCCGCCGCGGAAAAAAUACCUAAUAAGCAACGGGUUCUACCAGGAUGUGAAGCGGCCCAGCAGCGUCCAGCUCCUCCACGUCACCGUUAACGUCACCGCCGAGUCCGACCCCCAGAGAAGCACCCAGCUGGAGUACUUUGCAAGGGGAAGCGUCUCGGAAAGCAGCGAUGGAGGGCUGACGCUGGGCGAAACGUUAGAGGAGACAAUGGUAGAGAGCGAGACAUAACGGCUUCAUACGACACGCAACGUAUUCCGCUAAGUCUCUAAAAAACAAACAAACAAAAAAAUCAUUGAGACACGGAUCCCAAGGCCGCGUCGGGGCCCCCGGAGUCCGACCUUAACUGUGUUCAGAGAACUAAUUACCGUGAACGAUAAACAAACAGCUUCUUAGAACGCUCAAAAUAUACCAUCUUGGAAAAACAACAUCAAAAGAAGGACAU